UAGAAGAACAGUCCAUAUUGAAGCUCCUCUCUUGGCUGUUUCUCCCUACUAGUUUCUCUUUCUUUCUUAUUUUAUAGUUUCAUAUCAGUAAAAUCCCUUUCCUUUUGUUUUUCCUUUGUUUUCUUUACCUUCCUAACUGCCUAAAGGCCAAAGGAACCCUCAAAAGUCGGGGAAAACGAAGAACAGGUGGUUCCAUUGUUGGAGAGAUGGAAACAGGGAAGGUUAUAGUAGAGAAAGUAAGAGGAAAAUCAACAGUUACUAAAAGCUUUUCGAAGUAUCCCCUCAAAUUCAUCAUCCCAAGAAAGGUGGGUUCUUCUGAAACUGAUGCUGUUUGGAUUUACACCAUCACUUAUGGUGGAGGAAUUGUCUCUGGAGAUUCUAUAGUAUGUGAUAUUACCGUGGGAGAUGGUUGCACCACUGUUUUGACUACUCAAGCUUCUACUAAGGUUUACAAAGCUGUGGGAACAAAGAUCUCUGAACAAGUGUUCGAGGCAAGAAUAGGAAGCAAUGCCUUUUUGGCUGUAAUUCCAGAUCCAGUGACCUGUUUCUCCACUGCAAAAUAUACUCAGAAGCAAGUGUUCAAAGUUAUGUCAGACUCAAGCUUGCUUCUUGUUGAUUGGAUAACUAGUGGUCGUCAUGAAAGAGGAGAAAAAUGGGAUUUUGAUCUUUAUAGAAGUACGAAUGACAUUUUUCAUAAUGGUGAUGAGCCUUUAUUCCUUGAUACAAUAUUGUUAGAACAAGGAACAUGUGCAGGUAUAGCUGAGCGUAUGCAAGACUAUCAAGUGAUCGCAAUGGUGAUAUUGCUGGGGCCAAAGUUGAAGCAUGUUCAAAACCAAAUCCAGGAAGAUGUAAAGAAAAUAAUGUCUCAGAGUUUACACAUGCCUACAAUUGGUUCAAGACAAUCCUCUAGUAGACAUAAUGAUCAUCACUUGAGCAAACCAAGUUUUCUUGCUUCAUGCAGCAUAUUUGGUCCAAAGGGAAUUGGUGUUGUUACUCGAAUCGCUGCCAUGACAACUGAAUCAGUGUACAAUUUUCUGCAACAUCAGUUGUCCAGUAUGGAGCCACUACUUGGUAUCCGGCCAUAUUCUCAAGCAAGCCAAUAAACAUUUUCUUGUUCGUUUCGAAUGCCAAUAGGUUUUGAAGAUGGGACAAGCAUUACCUUUCUCAUCCAGAUGGAGAAUAACCGUGCCAGAUCAAGAAUCUUCAAAUGGAACAGGUCGUAACAUUCAAGUUGAGCUGAAAAGUCCUAUUUUGAGGAAUCUUUGAACCAGGAAUUAAGGGGUGCUCGAAAAUACAACUUGUAUAACAUCUGUAGUAGACCUUUAGGAAUUUGAAUUUUUUCUCUUUCCUGCCGCCUCUUUUUUUUUUUUUUUUCUGAGAAAUGGAGGACAAGAAGUAUCAUUCAAACAGAUGGGAACACUUUUUUUUUUUUGAUAAAAAAAGUUAUCAGGUGAUUCUUUAAUA